CCUAUUUUUCUCGUUUUUUGAGACUACCAUUAUUUGCAUAAGCCAGAGAUUAACUCCGCCCUGCCAGGUUAUAUAAAACGCACUAUAGAAGUGUCAGAAAUAAAAUAGUAGUGACAUGAUCAAACUAUAUGGAAUAAUGAGCUCUGAUUUUGACUUCUGAUAUGGGCAACCAACAUAACACUCACGUAAGCAACGGUCUUGAUGUUGUAGUAAAAGUCACUGUCACUCAUCCUAAUCCGUGCGGGCGAAGCGAUCUAAUUCAUGUUUAUCCUGGAAAAACUAGGAACGUGCCUACAAGCAAGGGAACUGUUACAAUAUCCGUAUUUGAUCCAGAGUGUCCUGAAAAAUUAAGUCCGUACGAAAGCAUAAAUCUACCGUCUGACAUUAGCGUUGUUGUCCGAAAAAACGAAUAUGGAAAGCCAAAACUGCGAAGAGUAAAGUAUGGAACAUUAUGGCAGGACGUUGAUGAUGCAGCAAAUUUAUAAAAUGAAUGCAUAUGAGCACUGCUUAACCAAAUUUACAUGUUAAUUUUUAGUCUUUUAUGAAUCAAAAUAACGAUGUCCUCUGAAAAUAUUAAAAAACAUCAAAGAGUUGUAGAUGCUAAUUUGCGAGAGCUUCAAGGAAUUGCUAUAAAGUUUUCUAAUACGGAAAUCAGAAAUGCCCAACUGAGGAAAGAAUAUAUUGACCUGACUAAGAAAGCGGCCCAGGAGAUACUACAAGAAGCUAUAACUAACGCUAUUGCUAAUCCUUCACGCGCACUUAAGAUCUGGGAAAUAGCAGCGGAGAAAUGUGGUAAGCUUCGCAAUCUUUACUUGGACCAAACAAGGCAAAAUGUUAGUAAAGCAGCUUCAGCAUUUUCUAAAAUGCUAAAGGAUGAAGGAUUGACUUUCCCGAAACUUGUACAGAAAUAUACCGCCAAACUUUUUAAAACAACUGGAACGGAACCUGCUUGUUAUGCAAGUCUCGAAGUAUUGGAGCAACAAAAGGUUAUGGAAGGCAUUGUUGAAGCAUCUGGAAGGACAAACCCAAAGAUAAACGCCCUCAGCAAAUGGUUAGGUCGGGCUGGUAUUGCGCUGAUAUUAAUUACGAUAGGAAUAUCUAUAUACGUUAUCUGCGAAGCAGCUAACCCAACCCUAGAGGCAGUCAAAACAGCUGUUUCUUUGGGAUUUGGGACUGCUGGUUGUUACGCAGGUGCAGAGUUAGGGGCAGCUGUUGGAGCAUGCGGAGGACCUGUGGGUAUACUUAUAGGAGCAAUAGCUGGAGGAAUAGGAGGUGGGUUUCUUGCAGCUUUCGGUGGGGAAUCUUUAGUAAAUAUUUUACACAACGCGUUCUUCCCCUCCUCGGCCACAGGGCCGGGGCCACCGCCAUUCGAUGUUAUUCCGGUACUUUACGGCCAACCUUACUUAGGCUACGUUGCUGUUGUUGGACCUCCUAAAGUAAUUGACGAUGAGUUCAUAAGUGGCCCACCUCCUUUAAGAGAACAGGCAGUUGUCGGUUUACCGGACCUAUGGUAGCAGAAAGUGAUUAUGAAAGGAAACUUUGAAAUUACAAAAUAAUAACAAUGCAACUUAUAUAAAUUCCUGUUUUGUAUCAAUCUGCUGUUAAUGCGGCAGUGUAUUUUGUUCACGGUGUUAUCUUCAUAUUCCAUGAAAUUGUGUGGGAAGCGUGCUUUGAUUGAAUUUUAGGGAAGAUGCUCAGUUCACUCUUAAACAGAUUUCAAACAAUUAAAGUCAAGUUGUAAUUUUCUAGAGGUAUUGUUUUAGAAAACUAUGUACGCAUUAUAUCUUUAUUAAAACGAAUGCAUGCUGAUUAAGAUCAAACAAGUUUUGUAAACUCCAGUAGGAGUUUUACCAUUUAAAAAAUAAGACUAAGUCUAAGACCAAAUAAUACUCUCUACACAAAUCUAUCUUGCCCUUUCAAUCCAUAGGGGUAAAAAAUACGGGAUAAGUAAGACUACGCGGAGUUGUCUCCAUUUUCCUAAAUAUUAAAUCCAGGCUCAAAUAUCUCUUUUCAAUAAAAUGAUCUUUAAUAAUGUCUUAAAGGAAAAAAAAUGUGUUAAAUGCGUAACCCUUGGAAGAUAGGUUGUUUUUAUUUAUCACAUGUUUUGACGUUGUGGAAUGUAAUAAAGCCAUUAAAUAAAAAUGAUAAAACACUAAUGUAGUAAAGCUUUGACGUCGACGUCACUUAUAGGAGACGUUGAUCAAAUUGACUUGUAUAUAAGACAACAAAAGUAGAAUUUUUGAUGUUUCAACGGGAAAGGCUAACAUGUGAUAAACAGAAUAUUACAUUAAAUUUGAUGACUUUCCACACUGAAUUUAUUAAACUCGUUGAAUAAAUUUGAUAAAAUGCUCGGCCGAGCCUCGUAUUGUACCAUGUUAUUCAACUUUUUUAAUAGAUUCAAUAUUAAAAGAUACUCAUGUAAUAUUCUCUAUAUACUAUAUAUUUGAUACUGUUAUCAUGUCAUAUACUUCAUAUCUGUGUUGAAUUGUAAGGUAUGCCCCAAAGUUUUAUUUUGUUUUAUAACUGUUUAUAAGUCAGUUAUACAUAGACAUUUUGCGGGCAACCUUGUGUACUUUUGUUACAGAUUGACACUGCAGUUAUAUCAUAUAUGUGUUUUAGUAUAUUUCUUUUUAUACCAAUCUUGUAGUUAUAAUUGAUAGAAGUGGUUUAUUUGUAAUACUACAUUCUAACCGUUGUUUGGUACUAGUGUUUAUAAUAACUUGUAUUCAUAGCGGGAAACGUAUGGUUUCGUACUAUCACCAUUAUUCCACCUUUUGCUUUCAUGUGUUAAAUCGUAACUUUACAUGUUCCUCAUUUUACUGUUACAUAUUUUGUGGCAAAUUUACGCAUCAUACUGGUAGUGUCAAAUAAAUCUAUGAACUAUG